ACGGGGUGAUCAGGGCCCGCCCCCCUCUCCUCUCUCUCCGGCUGCCUCCGCCUCUUCUUCCCUGGUCUCUCCUCCACACCGCUGUUGUUGCCGCCAUUUUACCGUGGAGCGUCGCCGCAGCGGGGACCGGAGGAUGCCGAGACAGCGCCGUUAAAAGGACUAGAGACAUGGCUGAGGCGGCGCGAGGUCCCGUGGUUGGCCGGCCUUUGGCAUUUGCCAAUGAAGAGCUGGCGGUACACUCCUGGUCCAGGAUCUCGUCAGCGGGACACAGUGUCCUCCUAGAUGCCCUGAAGAUCCUCAGCCCGAUGUCCCGCGACCUCUCGAGCAGUGAGGAGCUUGUCGUCUUCUUGAAGGAGCUGGGCGAGGAGGGGCACAAGCCCACCGUGUUGCGUAGUAGAGAUGUGUACGGCUAUCGCUCCUGCACUACCCUACCGCUGACCGUAGACAUGUUGAAACCACCAAACAGGAACGUCAGACCCACCGCCAAGAGGAGGGGGAAGAAGCCUCUGGCCAAGAAGAGAGAGGUGCAUCCAUCAUGGAACGCCUCUGAGAAGAGGGACCCCAAAAUUCAAGGGGUCCGGCCUCCAGAGCUGCUGGUGGAUCAUCGUGCCAUCAUCUGCAGCAGGACACACAGUCGGACUGUAGAGGUGUCGCAGGCGCUGGAGGUGCGACCGUGUCUCAGACUAACCAACAUCGAGGGCCUGUCUGGCUUCCAUACGGCCAGACUCCAGAUCCACACUUCCUGGGACUCACCAUCCGAGGCACCCUCUGUUGCCUUUUCACAGCAACAGCACCCACCAACGCUUUCAGGAAUACCUUCGCAGCCUUCUCAGAAUUGCGGUGGAGCGCCCACCAAAGCCGUGGCUCUCUUCAGCCAGAAGAGCCCGUCCUGCCCCAUCAGAUUGGACGGCGCCCUAAUCGGAGAUUCGGCACCGGUCUUCUACGCAAACGGACGGGCGUUCCCAGAGACUAACACAGGGCUCACCAGCAACGGCUGGAGGAGCAACGGCGUCCACCGGGACGGUCGGGGCCACAAGGAACCGAACAUCCCGACCCGCCAGAGAAAUGGCUGGAAGGACAAAAACUGCCUUAGGUGGAAAGUGGUGAAAGUGGACGGCUCUCGCUCUGUGGCAGAGGCCCGCAGAAAAGCGCAGAAGAUUUUGCAGGUCAACCUGUCUCCAGUGAUUCAGAUCCAACCUCUCAACUAUGUGCUGAGAGACUUCCGAUACCAGAACAAGUGACGAUAAACCCCGCAAGCCACUACCGUCGUUUCAGUUAACAGAUGUUGGUGUUUUACAUCCAUUAGUUCCUGGCCGAGCCUCAGAGGUCAAAGCAGACGUCGUACGAGGGUCGAUGUGAACUCUGCUGUGUGUUGGAGGUAGAGGAGUCCGAGUCCGUCCGUGGAAGUUCUGGUUCCCUGACGGGGUUUGGGGGGCAGAAAAGGCAUUUGAAAGUCAGAUGGGGCUUUUCUCAGCAGGCUGGGAAAUGACUUUCGGCCGAAUGCUGCACACGCUCACGGUCGGCUUUAGUUUACAUUCAACACUUCAACCAACCAUCAUUCUGCCUUGAGUUGCCCGCCUGCUUGCCCGUGUUGCGGAUGUAGUUUAGGAUCCACUGUGACCGUUGGGUUCAAGGGGAAUCUCCUGCCCUUCAACAAGGGACGGUUGUUUAAGAAGAUGAGUAUUGGUAACUCAUUUGAAGUAUGCCGCUGUUUUGUGGAAAAGUAUUUUCAACUUGUGGCGCUUGCAAACAGUCUUGUCGGUCUGCAUCUCCCCAAAUUCCACUGCAACGAAGGAUAAAAUGUGGUGGUGCGACAGGAUGAUCCCACCGGACAAACAAAAUGGUGGACGAGCAACUUUCCACAGUCUUCACACGAGCAGAUGUGGUUGGCUGGUCCCGUCUAAACAAAUGAAAUGGAAAUGAAAGAGAAAAUUGUUUAGUUUGUCUUCCUUAUUUUGUUGUAUUUCCACUGGAAAUCGAGGAGGCUGUUGGCACAAGCAGGGAAUCAAACCCGUGGCCCAUACGGACGUAGAUCCUCAGAUGAUCGGUUUGUUCUUCACAAAGUGUUCCUUUGGUUUCGUUCAUCCACACAUGGAAAAGGAGGCUUGUGGAAUAUUUCCAACUGCUGGCGGGUACAGAAGGGGAUAUUUCGAAUAUUUAGACCAGACAUUCAUCUUCAAAUAACAAAAAAUAGUGAGAACAAUGAGGUACCAGAAUUCUUACUUCAGUCUUUAGAGGUUUUGUCAUUGUUAAACUCGCUAUCUGAAUAAUAUAUUUAAAAACCUACAACUAAUUUCAGUGUUUGCUCUCCGAAUUAUAGCUUUUUACAGUCCAUCCGCCUCCGUAGUUUCAUUUUUACACUCCGGGUACAAAGGAAACCCUUAGUCGGUCUAAUGCUGCUCAGGAUUGACUUUAGUCCGAUAAAUUACUCCAUAAGCAGCAUGUUUUGGAGACAUGAUGUAAGACGUUGAUUUCAAAAGUUUUUGUUCCCCUGAGCUGCAGGAAUGUUUUGCUUUGACGAGUUGAAUCUGACACCGCAGCGUCAGAAAGUCGGAUCGUCGAGUCGACGGCAGGAUUUGCACUUUGAGAGCGUGACAGUGCGUCAUGGUCGCCCGUUUCCUCAACACGACGUCAUUAAUGUUCUUGUUUCUUGCAUCACUUAGGAGAUAUGUGAAAUGAUAUCAAAAGCAUUUGGUUUGACUUCCAUUGAGCCCACACUGGUUUUUGCAACAGGUGCUAGCUUUGGUGCUGAAUUUGACGACUGGCGCGACGAUGUCGUUGUGUUUCCGUUUUUCUUGUUCAUAUGAGAGCGCUUAGGAGCCGUGACCUCACCGGACUUUACCUUCUGAGGGACUGAUGGGACGGUUUGGGGUCGGGGGGGGGGGGGGUGGGCAUGUUAUCUGUGGGGAACUCGUGGGAAAUCUUCCGAAGUUUUGUUUGUGAUGUUGAUCCACAUGGCACGAGAUAAACGUUUGGUUUGAUCUCAAGCGGUGCUCUAACACGAAAUCAAAGUCUCUCUUCGGUCACGCGGUAGCACGUGAUGCAGCUUCUGUUGCUCUAACGACCAGUCAAUGUGAAUGAAAAGUCUGGAAAAACACAGUAGGGGAACCUUUUUAGUUUUUCUCGCCGAUCAAACGUGAUUCGUUAACCUCAAAAUCUAUCAGUCAAAUGUAAAAGAAAAAACAAUUUAAAUCAGGUCAGUAAAUGACAACGCUGGUAAAUAAAUAAAAGUGGAGUCUGUUUCAUGUUUUGACCACUUGGGAGAAAGAAUAAACCAAGUCUGGAAAUUUGAGCGUUUUCUUUUGUUUCAGACUUCUCUGUAAAUUCUUUGGUUUCUGGGAGAUGGUUGGUUUCCUUGCUCUUCUCCCGCCGCCGUCUGUGUACGCGGUCACGUUCAUGUCCACUGCGAUUCCCUUUUCUAAAUCUAUCUGUUAGUCUCGUUUGUGCAGCACUUGUAUAUUGUAUUUCCUACAUGAUCUUUGAAAACUUUUUGUUCAAUAAAACAGAUCUGAAAAUAA